AUGGGAUAUAGAACACUUGCCAAUGAUAUUGCAGGAAUACAACUAUACAGAAGAGGCAUGCUGGUGGUAUAUAUCCUCGCUAGGGCAACAGGCAGCAUUUCCGAUUCAGCUGAUAAUGGUCCUCCAGCAGCAGAUGCAAUUGCUGUGAGAGAGCUUACAAGCAUCAAAAUCUCACCAUAUCCCAAGAAAAUGGCAAUGAUACAUGCCCCGCAACUGAUGUUGCUAAUUUUUUUACACAGAAAAGGCUCUCAAUUUUGCGGUGUUAUCUGCAGGAGUCCGCUGCUUUCCACUGAUCCUUUCUUCUUUGAGAGGCGUCUUUGA